AUGACUCUAAAAUUGCUUGCGCUAUCGUCUCUCGCUUUGCUAACUAACGCGCAUAUGGCCGCGUAUCACAAGGCAAUGUAUUGCUUUAAUGGAACUGUGGCGGGACAGGUCAACUAUAACAAUGACGAUCCUGUCAGCCCCUUGUGGAUGUUGCAGAAGAGCGAUUACUGGUUUCAUCAUUUCAACGGGUGUGAUGAGUUCCCCCCUGCGCCAGGAGACUUCCUUGAACUACCUGCCGGAAGUUCCUUUACUGUUGAAGUAGCCGCCAACCGCGGUGUGACGUCCCUGUCAUUUAAUGGACAAUUUGCGACUGAGUGGGGUGAUGGUCAAAAUCACCCCGAGGACUACUCCAUCGCAAACUUGGCAGGCGCUCCUCUUUCUGGUAGUGAUUGCAUAGGUAGUCCCAAUAUGCAUACACAAAACCAGUCUAUGGCUGCUGGGACUGCAUUCGCAAUCUCUUACCAGUCGGAACUCAGCGAGGUUACGAUUGACAACCUCGUCGUUUUUACCGUCCGCUAUAACACCCCUUGGAAACGUAUCACAAGCUACGAUGUUCCUAAGGACAUGCCUGCUUGUCCCGCAGAUGGUUGCACUUGUGCUAUUCCGGAUGGGUGCGGCGAGCCUAACAUUUACAUGCAGGGCUUCAAGUGCAUGGUCACCGGCGCUACCUCCACUACCCCUCUUGCCACCCCUAAACCUCCCGUCUGGUGCGAGGAGGACCAGAGUACAUGUACUCAGGGCGCAAAGCAAAUCCUGAUCUGGAAUCAGGCUGAGGGCAACAAUAUCGCAGUCAACGGUUUUGACCUGAGCGGCAAUGCUAAGAGUCCGGCGUACAAUAGCAAGUGUGGAUUCCAGGACGGAGCACAGAAUGACAUCUUUGGUCACAAGACUUGCCGCAAACGGAUGGUUCACAAGCCCGUCCGCCGUCGUUUCCUUUUCAAGUAG